CAAAAGCUUCGAUCUCUUCCUUCAAUUUAUCAGAGCGAAAAUGGUGAGAGCUCCUUGCUGUGAAAAGGUUGGACUGAAUAAGGGGCAAUGGACUCCAGAAGAAGAUGAAAUUCUGGUUUCAUAUAUACAGAAUUAUGGACAUGAAAACUGGAGAGCUCUUCCAAAAGAAGCUGGUCUUUUGAGGUGUGGGAAGAGUUGCAGACUCAGAUGGAUAAAUUAUCUAAGGCCUGGGAUAAAAAGAGGGAACUUUACAAAGGAAGAAGAGGAUGCAAUUAUCAGCUUGCAUCAGAUGCUAGGAAACAGAUGGUCUGCAAUCGCAAUGAUGUUGCCAGGCAGAACAGACAACGAGAUCAAGAACGUCUGGAACACACACCUGAAGAAAAGGUUGAAUCCAAAUCAAAUUCUCCCAAAAUCCAAGAGGAAGAUGCAAAGACAAGAUAACUUAAACUCAAUCAUGGAGUUCUCUUCGGCAUCGGUGUCGGAAUCAUGCAGUGAUUUCUCCUCCUCAUGCACUGAAUCAUCAAAUGUUACAGAGGGGGAUAGUAACAAUGCAAGUGGAAAUGAUGGAUCACUGGAAUCAAGACAUGAUCUUGGGGUUGAAGAGAUUGAUGAGAGCUUGUCCAUGAAUGGCUGUGAUGAUUCACCAUUAAUGGUGGCUGGUUCACCCAUUGAGGAGGACAUGAGCUUUUGGCUGAGGAUCUUUGAAGCUGGAGAGUUGGAAGGAUUUCCUGAAAUUUGA